AUGCCCAUUAAUUGUCCCAUACAAGCGGCUCACGACAUCUGCAUCAAUGUGCGAUACGCAAAGCUCACAAUGCAAAAACUUCAAUUGAAAUGCCGGAACUGCAUGUUAACUGGCAUCACAGUUGCAAAAUCUAAAGCUGUCAUGAAUAAAUAUAACAAGGGACGGGAAACAAACAGUCAGUCACUGAAGGAGGUAGGUAAAAAAGCAAGCAGACAAACAAGCAGCCAGACAAGCAGACAGACAGAAAAGAAGAUAGACAAAACAGUCAUACAACCAGACAGACAAGGCAGGCAGACAAGCAGACAGACAGACAAGCAGAUAGACAAACAAGCCGACAUUCAGUACAGUUCCAGUGCAGUUCACACGAAAGCCACAAGAAAGCGAAUUGAAUGUGGUUAG